AUGGGGGCCCCCUUAGGGGCCCCCUUGGGGCCCCGCAUGGGUGCCCCCUUAGGGGCCCCCUUGGGGCCCCCCAUAGGGGGCCCCAUAGGGGCCCCCUUGGGGGCCCCCAUAGAGGCCCCUUUAGCGGUUUCUGGGGGUGGCUCUCUGGGGGCCCCCUUGGGGGUUUCUCUGGGGCCCCCUGUGGGGGCCCCCGUGGAGGGCACCUUAGGGCUACCUGGAGGGGCCCCUGAGGGGGCCCCUGAAGGGCCCCCUGAUGGAGCCCCUGAGGGGGCCCCUGAGGGGCCCCCACAGGGGCUCGUAGCAACCAGUGAGGCUGCCCCCAAACAAUAUGAGGUACCUUUUGGGGGGCCCCUUGAGGGGCCAUUGGGGCCCCCAAGGGGCCCCAAUGAAGCUCUUUGUGGGGGACCCCUUAAGGAGUCAACUGGAGGGCCCCCUGCGGGCCUCCUUGGGGGCCCCCUGGGGGGCCCCCCAUGGGGCCCCUUUGAGGGUACUUUAAAUAGGCCUUUUGGCGAAUUGCCUGGGGCAAACUCCACAUGGUGUGGGGUUUAUAUUGGCCAGCCAAUGGGCGUUUGGGGCUUUAUAGAUGGGGCCCUUCAAAUGCAUGCAGCAGCAGCUUCUGGGGCCCCAGAACCCCACAGGGGACCCCCCCAGGGCCAAACAGAUGGGGAGGCCCAGGGGGCCCCUGGGGGCCCUUCAGGGGGCCCCCUCGUCCAGGAUCUCACCCCUGGGGGCCCUGCAGGGAGACCCCAGGGGGACAGCGCUGCUGGGGGCCUCCAUGGGGGCCCCCAACCUGCAGGGGGCCCCCAAGGGGUCCCCCAGGGGGACCAUCAAAGGGGCCCCCAGGGAGGCCCCAAGGGGGCCCCCCAAGGGGGCCCCCAAUGGGGCCCCCGGAAGUGGUACCCGCUGCUGCGUCAGAGGCUGCAGCAGCUCUUGGGGGUUUCUCCUGAGGGGGUCGAAGGGCCCUUGCAAGGAAGUGCCAGUAGUACUACGGAAGCAGCAGCAGCAGCAGCAGCAGCAACACCAGCAGCAGCAACAGCAGCAGCAGGCUGCUCUGGGCGUAUUUCUGGCGCUGAGAAGCGGCGGCGGUGGAGAUUGCAGGAAGAAAGUUUUUCAACAAUUUCAGAAAAUUCAGAAAAUUCAAAAAGUUCAAAAAAUUCAAUUUCAACAAAUUCAACAACUCCAACGAUAACAACAACCCCACCAUCAACAACAACACAAUCCCCGCCGCCUGUAGCAGGGCCCGCAGCAGCAGCAACAGCAGCAAUCCCAGCAGCAGCAGCAGCAGCAGCCCCAGCAGCAACAGGAGCAGCGGAAGACGCCGCAGCAGCAGCAACUGCAGCAGCAGCAGCAACAGCAGCAUCCCCGCCCGUUGCAGCAGCAGCAGCAGCCCCGCGCAGCGUGGGGGAGGCGCUGGGAGCAGCGCGUUUGUUGCUGGGUCCGUCUGCCGCUGCUGCUGCUGCGCUGCGGCGCAGCAGAUUGUGUCUGCCGAGCCGGCUGGGGGCUGGGGAAGUGUGGGGUGCUGGGGUGUACGUACACCCCGAGGGCGCAGCCCCAGAAGAAGCCUGGUGGGCGCAGCUGCGAGCAGCAGCAGCAGCAAGAACCCCACACCCCACACCUGGGAUCGGGAUCGGGAUCGGGAUCGCCUCCUCCGAGGACCUCCUCAGGGCCAGACUCCUCUGGGGGGACCCGCUGGUCCAGGCCGGCAGGAAGUACCGCAACAACUGGCAGCUCCCCGUCGUUUGGCCUAAACCCUAA